AUGAAUUUUUAUAGACCAAGAAAUAUGAAAGAUGGAUAUGAACCUAAAGAUGAACUAGAGGUAUACAUAACUUCUGUAGCACAACACCAACUAUACACAACACAAAGACCAAAAGUACAACCAGUGUUGUACCCUGAUCAAAUAGAAACCUAUGCUGCUCAAGACUCUCAAAUCGGAAAAACUACUGCUGCUAGGUGCUAUAUAAAAAUAGGAAAUAACUCUAUACUUGCUGUACUAGAUUCUGAUAUUACAGUAAGUAUAAUGUCUAAUAAAAUGAUAAAAAAACUUGAUCUUAAGAUUAUUAAACCCUCUACCACUAUGGUUGCAAAUGCAAAUAGAGCAAGAGUAAGAGCCUUAGGAAAAGUAGUCAAUGUUAAUGAAAACUCUUUGAUAAAACUUGAAGACAAUGAGAAUAAAGGUACCUUUGAUAAAUUUAAAUUUGAAGAUGAAUUGUUAGAAGAAGCAAAAGAAUACUUUACCUAUAAAACCUCUAAAAUCAAAUGUUUAGAAACUCCUAAGAAGAAUAAGUUAGAUGGUGAAAAAGACAUUUUUGCAUAUAAUAUGAAUAACUUGAGUCAAACGAAUAUGUUGGUACAUAAAAUUGAUACUGGUAAUGCUGUCCCUAUAAAGCAAACCCCAUAUCGAGCUGCCCCUAGUGUAUGA